AUGGCUUCUGUUCCAGUUUAUUCGCUUGCCGGGGAGCUUCUGGCCGACGUUUCCGUUUUUGAGGGUGACAAAGUAGCAUCCAUCCACCAGCAGCUCUGCGUCCCCUCUUUGCGGCUGGUGUUACAAGGGCGGGAGCUGUCAGUAGAAGACGAGGUCUCCGCCGCUGGCCUGCUUGUGCCAGGGGUUGAGCUGACGGCUGUGGUGCAGGCUGGACGCAGCGGCUGCUUCGAGGCUGCGAGAGUGCUGACCGCUUCGAAAGAUGCAACGGCCAAGAUUUUCGAUCUGGAGACAGGUACAUGCCUGCACUCAUUCAACGAGGAAUUCGACGAUUUCGGUUAUAAUGACAUCGUCUCAGCGGACGUCUCCGAGACGGGGAGGAUCUUUCUCUUGGCAUGCGAAAAUCUCGUGGUUUCGAUGUACAAGUCCAGCACUGGAGAGCCAAUCUAUCGGCUGAAGCUCGAGGAGCAGCAUGAGGGCCUUGUGAGUGCGGCAUUGUCGCCGGAUGCCACCACCGUGGUGCUAGUGGAUGCCAAAGGGGACGUGCUUUUAGUGGAUUGGGCGCAAGAGAAGGCACCACGUGCCUUGGCCGCGCUUGGGCACGUCUUGCAAGCGCAUUUCUCACCAAACGGUGCAAAGGUCGUUGUCGCCUUCAAAGAGCACGUGGCACAGAUAUUUGAUGCAAAGACAGGGCAGAGCGCCCAACUUUUCAAAGGCCACAUGGGUCAUGUUCUGCUGGCGACCGGACUGCAGCUGAACUCGGGAACCACACAGGACAAGAUGCAAAGCCACUAA